AUGUCGGCGUGGCUGAGCCGGGCGGCGCUGCUGCUGGGGCGGCCGGGGGGGCCCGCCGCCACCCCCUUCUGCCUGGGCUCCUUACGGGCCCCCCGCUGCUGCCGCCGCCUGGCCACCCUGCGCGGCGGGUCCGAGGGGCUGCGCCUUCCCCCGGCUUCGUCCUCCCCGGCCUCGGGGCUGGCGCCGCCCGGCCGCCCGCGGGCGCUGGGCACCCACCCCAAGAAGGAGCCGAUUGAGGCGCUGAACACGGCGCAUGGCGCCCGCGACUUCAUCUACAGCCUGCACUCCACCGAGCGGAGCUGCCUGCUGCGGGAACUGCACCGCUUCGAGUCCAUCGCCAUCGCGCAAGCAUCCAGAUACCCAAAACCACUGGUACCCUUUGAGAAGGCAACGAAGUGGCUAACAUCACCAGAGUCAACUAGUACUUCUGAGAAGUUGGAAGUUGCACCACCAUCCCCAGGACAGCUGAAACAUGUGUUCUUCCACAAUGCAAUACCUUUUGUAGGGUUUGGAUUCUUGGAUAAUGCAAUUAUGAUUGCUGCGGGAACCCAAAUAGAAUUAUCGAUUGGAGUUGUCCUGGGAAUAACAACUAUGGCAGCUGCUGCUUUGGGAAAUCUUGUUUCAGAUUUAGCUGGACUUGGUCUUGCAGGCUAUGUUGAAGCUCUGGCUUCGAGAAUGGGCCUGUCAAUUCCUGAUCUGACACCCAAGCAAGCAGAUAUGUGGCAAACGCGUCUCAGUGCACACCUGGGUAAAGCUAUUGGAGUGACCAUUGGCUGCCUUUUAGGAAUGUUUCCUUUGUUCUUCUUUGGAGAUGAAGAAAAAAAACUGGAAGAGAAAAAUUAA